GCAGGUAGUUCAAGGAAGAGAGCGGAACAUCUGUUGAGAGUAAACAAGUUGUCUUCCAAAAGCAACAGAAAGACUAGCUAGAAAGCACUUCUUCUUUCUUUAAAUCGUCGUAAUGUUGAGCAAGUGAGAUAGGAGGGAAAACAGGAGGCGACGGGGCCCUUGGACGUUUUCUCAAGUUUUAUCAGCGUCGGCAUUGCGACACCUACGUUGGUUUUAUUUUCCUUCCCUAUUAGUCGACUUUGGCUCUUAAAACUAUAAACUACUGGUUGGCUAGAAGAGGUUGUUUUGUGGAUGAAACUUACGUCUGUAGACUAUUAAUGCGCCCACCGCCGGUGCAUGAGUGACUAUGUUGCUUCAUCUUCACUACCUCCUCUUCCUCCUGCCCUGCGCAGAGCUGGCCUGUGUGAUGAGGUCAGCACCCAAACAGGAAGGGUCACCAGAGGAAGUGUUUGUGGAUGAAGGGGAGGCGAAUUCGUUCCUGGGUCGUCAUCUGAUGUUUAACCGUUUCGACUUUGAGAUUUUCGUCCCUGGAGAUUUGGAAAGGGAGUGUUAUGAGGAGGACUGCAAUUACGAAGAAGCAAGGGAGGUUUUUGAGGACACUCCGGCUACAAACGACUUUUGGAAGAAAUACAUCGCAGAAAAGGAGGAGCAGCCCUCAAGAGUGGACAUUACUUCCCUGUUGGUGGCACUGGUUGUUGUUGGAGUGAUCUUUGUCCUGGUGGGCCUCCUCAGCUGGUAUUUUUGUCCAGGCAAAUGUAAGGACGACUUCAGCCGAGCCAGUUCAGUUCGGGUUCGUCCCAGGAGAAGCAAUGCGCCUCUCAUCAUGCAUCGACUAGAGGAAGUGUCCUUACAGCCCGUGCCGCCACCCCCGAUAAUGGAGGACGUGGAUCCACCUGGACUGCCCUCUUACGAGCAGGCCAUCGCAAAAAGUGGACAACACGAUGCCCCGCCUCCUCCGUAUCCUGGUUCGCGAGCUGGAAGUAUUCGUUGGUAGAGUCUUCCGAGGAGCUUCACAUCUAUUGUACGCCAAUCUUUACAUGAUCGCAAGAUAUAGUUACACAAGAUACAGUGCAGGACUUUCUAAUUGACUUUUUAUUUCCCUGCAAAACUUAAAAAAUAUUGUGUGCAGCAGCCUGUAUUAUGUUUCAUCCUAAAUUAACUUUGUACUAAAAUCCAAAAGCCUACACUGAAUAAGCGCUUUUACCAUUUGAUUCUAAAUCCACUGAAGAUCAACUGAAAGUGAUCGUCUGCAAUGUGAAAUCGCAUUUUACAUUGACAGAAUACCGGUAUUUACAUUUCUGACUGUGGUGACAAUGGAAGCAAACAGAAGGGUUAACAGCAGUAAAACACGUUUUAAUGUCAGGACAGAUGGAAAUAAUCAUGCAGUUGUCUUGAAUUACUAUUUGAUUCUAAUUAGCAACGUGUUUUUUCAGCAGCAGUCACUGCAUGCAAAGUAGCACUGAGCACUUUGUUACUUACUUGCAUGCAUGUUUUACCUUUUAGCGUCGUUUAAAUAAUAUUUCAACAAUAACGUCAAGUAUCAUUUUGAUGUCCGUAAAUGAGUUACGAGGAUUGAGUGAGAGUGAUGUUAUGCAAUAUGAAAUCACUUGUAUGAAGUAUGUUUAUUGAGCCAACAGAUGGUGACAUUUUACACCGACACAAUACAGGUAUUUACAUUUCUGACUGUGGUGACGAUGAAAGCCAAGAAAACAGCAGUAAAACACAUUUUAAUAAGAUGAAAAUGAUGAUGCAAAUAUUCUUCAUGAGAAGGGGUCAAAUUUGUACUUGAAGUGCAAAUCUUUUUUUUCUCGAUACUUUGAAUAAACUAAUAUUU